GUCUCUUCCCUUUCUCCCUCCUUCCUUCCACCCCCCUCUGGUAAGAACAAAAUCUCUGCGCGUGUCAGCCAUGGUUUCCACUCUUCCAGCUUCUGAUCCUUUCCUCAAUAACCCCUUCUGGGCCUUGGAAGGCUCUUUUCCUGCUCCCUGGGAGGACCUGGGCUCCGUCCCCGGGUUGUGCCCGGACAUCCUAAUAACCUCCCCCGUCAAGCCUGCCGGAAAGUUCCAGCCCCAUGCGCUCUCCGACGACGAGAAACGGGUGGUGCCUUCCAUUCUGGAAGAGCGCAAAAGGCGGAGAAUGAUAUCGAACCGAGAGUCGGCGAGGCGGUCGCGCAUGCGUAAACAGAAGCAUCUGGAGAACUUAAGGUUGCAGGUGAACAGGUUCAGAAUCCAGAACCGGGAACUCAACAGCAGGUUGCAGUUUCUUCUGCAUCACUAUAACCGAGUGAGCACGGAAAACGAGUGGCUCCGGUCCGAGCAAACCCGGCUCAGACAAAAACUCCACAGCAUAACUCAAAUUUUGGCUCUCCAGCCCUUCGCUUCGUCUGCAUGGCCAUGCAAUAGUACGACUAUUUUCACGACAGAAUAAGCCUAUCCAUAUAUCAGGAGAUCGGAGCAAUGAUCAUGAUUAAUUAACCAAUUAAAUAAAUCAUAGAAUACAGCAUCAAAUAUUAGAGUUAAUUCUGAGGCAAAGAACUUGUCUUCAAGUUGGGUCUAUGUAAAUUAAAAGCAGCUAGACAUAUCGGCCCCCCUUUUUUCCUUCUUUUUUGGGAAAAUAGAGAGAGAGAGAGAGAUGGUUUUGAAAAAUAUUGGGCUACGUAUUUUCAAAACCAGAGAAAGUUUGUCAUUAGUCAUUAUAUAUAAGUGUUAUAGCUGGCUAGUCUAGUGAGUGUGUUAACUAUUCAAGUAUAUAUAUGAUUUUAUAUAUUUAUUAGGUUGAGUUAAUAUUGAUGUUGCCUUGAUCCAAAUUUAUAAAGCCCUCUUUUUUAA